AUGGCAGGCCGUGGUCGUCGAAAUUUGCGUAAAAAGCGCGGUAAAAAGCAAGGUAAGAAGCAAGGUCGGAGGCGAGGCAAACAGCGAGUAUCAUCCAAGGCAUCACCUCAGGGGCCACCCUUCUGCAGGCUGCCUCCAGAACUGCACUUCUACAUCCUCGAGUUUUUGGACCACCGCGAUCUCCAGCAACUUCGAUGUACAAACAGGUACUUCAAGCAUCUCCCAUCCAAUCGGGAUAAAUUCCUGAUCAGACAGAGAUAUGUCGACGACUUCUUCGAAGAGGAGAAGGAGGAGAAAGAGUUUGAGGACGUUUACUUGAAUAACAUGUGGAGUGAGAGAAACAUAGCGGUGACGCUCCGGUGCUAUUUCUGUUUCCGGCGAAGGCACAUUUGCAUGUACGCCGACUCUCAGAGAAUCGCAAAGCGGAAAAAGGGGGGCGAGCAUGGCUGGAAAAGAUACUGCGUCAUCUGCGGAAUGAAGAAGAAGUGGUGGGUGCUAGGGACCAUCCAUCGAUUGGAGUGGUCGAUAGGGAUAUACUGCCGGCUGUGUUAUAGCUUCCAGAACUUGCCUUAUCGAAGACAUUGCAAGGCAGGCCUUUGCGAAGUCUGCGAGUGGCUCACCGACUUCGUCGAGUUUGAUGUCAGCGAUACCAACCGCAGGAAGAGAAGAGUGUCUGAAUGGGGCCCGGACGUGGUUGAAUGGGGAGUGGACAAGAGGCCGCUUGGGUAUCUUAGCUGGCACAGGGUGAGGCGGCAGGUUCUUCGCAAGAUACGGACGGAGAGAGAAACAGCUGGUCAUAUGAGGAAUUUGGUACAGACGGUAGAUGAACGGCUCCAAGAAGUGCGAAGGAACGGCCCUUUGGUGGAGACCAUCUGUAAUCAAUGGGCAUGUUCGCCCGAAUAUCCAGAAGGGUGGACUGUAAGAGAGCUGUUUGGCGACGUGGAGGAGUGA